UUUGAGAUUAAGUCAACACACAUUAAAGGAUACCAUUGUAAUUCUUUUGCACUUGUGCUUUAAUACUAUGUUUUUGUUUUUUUGGGCCAGAUAGCUUUUCAACAUAUAUGGCGUUUCAGAUAUUCCAGUAAAAUGCAAACUGUUUACCCUUGCUGUAUUUUUGAUAACCUGUGAGUAGAACGUUUAGAAAACAUUUCGUUCAUCAUAACAGAGUCUGAGAAUUUUUUUCGAUACAUAUUAUCUAAGCAUAAACCCAAUUAUGUGUGAAGGAAGUUUGCAGUUAGCACAAGCAUCUGGUUUUUCUCCUUAUGUGGAUAAUGGAGGAACUGUUUUAGGUUUAGCAGGAAACGAUUUCGCUGUCUGUUUAGCUGAUACACGAUUAUCGACGGGAUAUCGAAUCCAUUCAAGAACCCAUCACAAAUUUUUAAAAUUAACGGAUUCUUGUGUUAUCGCGUCUUCAGGAAUGCAAGCUGAUAUUCGAACGCUUCAUAAAUUAUUGCAACAUCAAGUUGAAAUGUAUCAAUCUCUUCAUAAACGCACUCCCUCUAUUGAAAGUUUAGCUCAAAUGUUGUCCGGAAUGCUAUAUCAAAGACGUUUUUUUCCUUUCUAUGCUUUUAACGCUUUAAUUGGUCUCGAUAAAAAUGGAAAAGGAACCGUUUUCGAUUAUGAUGCUAUUGGCUCAUUUCAAAGAAGCUCUCAUACAUCAAGAGGCAGUGGAAGCUCACUUGCGACAUCCAUUUUAGAUAAUCAGAUUCAACAAAACAAUCAAAUCCUAAAGGAAACUACUCUUACAAAACUAGAUAUGAUCCAUUUAGCUCAAGAUGUUAUGGUUUCCGUAGCAGAGCGUGAUAUUUAUACAGGAGACUCUGCUGACGUUGUAAUUAUCGAUGCUUCUGGCGUUCAUGUAUCCACUCUAGAACUUAGAAAACAUUAAAGAAACAAAUUUGUUGAACACAAAAAAAAGCUGUAGCAUUUGAAACUUUGUUGUAUUUAAGAAACUAAUUUUUUUACAAAAAAUUACUUAAAAAAAAAUUAGUGAAUUUAAGAGUCAAUAUUUAAAACUAUUAAAAAAUUUCUUUGUCUUCAAUAAACAAAU